GCAAGUGCCUUUGGGCAUUGUGCCCCAGCAGAAGGAGACGCUGGAAUCGGUCCCGGUGGUAGAGGCUGCGAUGGCGGUGCCCCAAAGCCCUUCGGUGUCUCAUCUGGGCUCUCUGCCCCUCACGGCUAUCUCCUACCCGGAGUCGGAGGUGCCUUCCCUACCCUCCACUCGAUCUUCCAAGGGGUCUCGGCCGAAGUCCGCCUCUGGGCUGCUGCAGAACUCCAGCAAAGCCUCGGCGAAGGCGAAGACCCCGAGCCGCCCCAACUCCGCGCUCUCGCGCUUCACCGGGAGCGCCGCGAAGCCCGCGGUGGCGUCCGAGAAGGAGAACCAUCCGGAGCCUUCGGAGCCGCCUUCGGAGCCGCCUUCGGAGCCUUCGGGCCCCGAGGUUGUGCCACAGGAUGCGAAGCUCGCCAAGCGCUUCGAGAACGUCUUCAGGCCAAUCAGGACGCGCGUGCAGCGCGUCAUGCCCGCCUGGGAUCUAGCUGCCCAGAAGCUGGAAAUCCAUGACCCGCCGGUCAAGCUUGCAAAGAUCGACGCUAGCAGAUAUGCGGACGUGGGUGAGGAGAACGAGAUCCACUCCUAUCCCACCAUGAAGCUAUUUGUUGACGGUGCGGUCUUCGACUACGACGGCGCCGGGCGCGGGUGGCAGCAGAUCGUCAAGUGGGUCAAUCGACAUCUAGAGAGAGACCAUGUGCUGAAGUCUGUGGAGGAAGCAGAAACCUAUUUGCACGACAACGACCUGACCGUUAUUGGCCUCUUUCCGGAUGGCUAUGACAGCAGUGUCUUCGUGAAGGCCACGCGGCACUACGAAGACGUCGUCUUCGCAGAGGCUAGAGGGAACGACAUCUCCGCUCAGAUCGGCGAGCACCUCGGCAGGCGUUUGGCACACAUGAUAGUUGGCUGUAAGCACAACAACACAAGCUCCCAGCAUGUGGAUGCCAAACUGCAGGAGCAUCUGCAACGCGAGUUGAAGCGUUUACGACAAGAGGGCUCUAACAGCCAAUGUGCCGACUGCAGUGACACGGACACCCGGUUUGCUUCGGUAACACUGGGCAUCUUCCUGUGCAACCGCUGCUUCGGCAUUCAUCGUGCGCUUGGUGCGCAUCUGACCCGAGCGAAAGUUCUCACGCUGGACGCCUGGAGCGAGGCAGAGGUGGCGCACCUGGCCGUGGAGCGCUUCAGCCGGCGGAAGUACGAGGAGCGACGUUGGUACAGCGACCUUGGAGAGGACGACGCGCAGCGGGCCCAGGUGAAGACAACGGAUCUGCCUUCAAGCAUGCAAGGCGGCUAUGCGAGCGGAAGCACAGCCAGCACAGCCGCCGUCGCUGCAGCUCCUGCAGCGUCCGCCGCCCUGCCUGACCUGCUCUCUUUGGCCAAGGCUUCCACCUGGCUGGCGGAUUUCGCUGCAAAGUUCUUCACACCCGGAGGAACGCAGCAGUGCCGAUACCUUGCUUCUCCUUCCGAGGAGCACCCCAAGUUCACCACUCCUUCAGUGGUGAUGUGCAUGCCUCAGGGCUCAGAGGGCUGCGCCCUUGAAGCCAGGGAGGAAGAAUUGGGGAAGAAAGGGCUGGAAGGUAUGGAUCAGGAGACCGCUGAAAAGCUCUUCUCUGCGAAUCCGGAGAAUGUUCCGGCACUGAUUCUGAUCACUUCAAGCAGCGACAGCAAGGAGGAGAAGAUCUUCCGGGAGGCGGCUGUGAAGCUGAGGGGCAAAGUGCAUUGCUGCCUCUCCGGCCUGGAGACCGCCAUGGAGCGCCGCACGGCGGAGAUGGCGGGAGUGGAGGGGGCCGGUCCAGUGCUGACCCUGGUAGAGACACACUCCGGCACCGGUCCUACGGGCCAAUACCAUGCUGCACGGAAGUUCCGCCUGUCGCUGGAAGGCCUCAGCGUCGACAAGGUCGUCGGUUUCGUCACAGACUACGAAGGUAACAGGCUGGAGCCUUGGCUCAAGAGCGAGCCCGAGCCUUCAGCUGAGGACAUCCGGAUCGGCGGCCCCGUGGGGGUCUUGGUGGGAACCAACUUCCGCAAGACCGUCGAGGAUGACUCCAAGGAUGUCAUGGUGGACUUCUACGCACCCUGGUGCGGGCACUGUCGGAAGUUCGAGCCGCUGUACAAAGAGCUUGCAAAGAAGCUGCGGCAUGUCAAAUCCUUGAAGAUCAUGAAGAUCGAUGCGACCCGCAACGAGGUGGAGGGCAUGCAGAUCAUGGGCUUCCCGACCAUCAUGCUCUUCCCCGCGGGGGCAUCCCCAAAGCGACACGUCAUGUAUCAGGGCUCCCGACAGCCGGACGACAUGAUCCAGUGGCUACAUCGCGAGUGUGCCAUCAAGUUUGAUGAGAGGCCGCCUCCUCCAAAGGAACUCCCCCAAGAGAUGCAGCGACGGGAGGACCGUGUCGCGGCAAUUUCCGGGGAGCCCACGGCAGUGCGUGAGGCCAUCCUUGGCGUCUUAGAACGGGUCUUCGACCGCUCGGGUCUCCCGGACACAGCCGAUGCCUCUGUCCGCGAUCGGGGCUACAUCGUCGAGGUCCUUGUGCCCGAAAAAUGCGGUUCCCACCUUAUCGGUCAGAAGGGCGAGCGGGUGAAGACCCUCUGCCAGGAGACAAAGUGCGACAUCAGGGUGGGCCAGGACCCUGUGUGCGGCCUGGAGCAGAAGAAGGUUCGGAUCAGUGCCAGCAACAUCCAGGAAGCCUCCUCCGCGGUUUGGAGGAUCCUCGAGGUCUUGGGGGAGCUGGUCUCAGGCAGCUACCAGUCCUGGAGAGAGGAGCCAGGUGCAGGUGGUCACAAUGUCAGCGACACUGAGAACAAUCGGCAGGAGCGUGUGGCAGGUCAGAAGUCCGCCCAUGCUCCUUCGCAUCUCUUCGCGACGGCCGUCAACGAUGUAGCGAAACCUUGGAAGCCACGGCUUCGGCACCAAGCCCCGGACACCCCGCCGACGGAGGCGCCAUCCACUGCUUUGACACCAGAGCCGGCGCCUCAAACUGAAGAAACGGAGCCCGUGGAAGUUGUGGAAGAAGCCCCGACAUCUUCUUCGACUGCAGAGCGCAUUUGGACGGCCUUCCCGCGCAAAGAAGACAUCACCGUCGGCACCGAGAUGGGCCGAAUCAGCCCAUUCUCAGUGGGCUACGCCUGCGUUGAGAUGGGCGACAAACAGCCGGAAGGCCGCGCGAAGGACAUCCUGCUGAGCAGGGUCUGGCAGCAGGUGAAGGUCAAUGCUGACGCCAAGGCCUGCUAUUUGGGGCAUGAGUUCCCCAUCGUGGUGUUCAGGGCCCGCACUGCGGACGGACGUGAACAAUUGUUCACAACACAGCCCUGGAAGCUCUACUGCCUCCAGAGGGCCGUGGUGGCUCGGCGGCACCUCAAGCCAGUCAUUCAGCCUCGCUUCCUCUUGGAAGCUGCUGAGAUUGAAAACAUCCUGGGCAGCGUCAAAUUCCCGAAAAUUUCAAUGAAAUUCGCAUUGUCAGCUCCGAUGGUGACGGGGCCGAAGAACACUUCUCCUGGGAGAAGUUCGUGUGUCCCAAGACGGGACACGCCUGAAGCGACAGACGGCUGCUGCACUCAAAAGGUGUUUUGCUGGGCUGGAAAGCUGUCAGAGAGUGAACUCCAAGGCGGAUAUCCAACCUCUUGCUUCCAGUAA